UCAAAGUAGCCAUCCAGCCGGACAGCACUUCCCGAAGUGCGGGCUGUGUGAAGCGAUCCCUCCCCGGCGCCUGCGGGGGCUCGGAGCAGAGGAGCCGCAGGCUGGGGAGGUGCUCCCAGCCCGGCAAGGGCGGGCAGGGAAGAAGGCGGAGCAGGGACCCUUUGGCACGGCCGCAGCGGGGACAGCCCGCAGGCAGCGGCCGCACGGGGGGCGCGGUGCCGGCCGUGCCCGAGGGAUGCCCUGGACGGCCGGGGGAGUGUGACCGCGUCCCGGCACCGGGCUCAGGGCGACACACGGCCCCGCGGUGCUCCAGAGCCCCCGGUGGCCGCGGCGGCCGUGGACCCGCCCGUCCGGGGCGGGGCUCGGCGGGGCGGGGGCUCGGACCCAGCCCGGCCGCGCUCGCCGGAGCCGGAGCCGUCUGCAGGUGCGCAGGAGCGUGGUCUGGAAGCGGGGUGUGCCUGGUUCGUGCAGCGCCAAAUGCGAGACAGGCAGACACAGCCCACAGGAGUUGAGGGUCGGCGUCUCUGGCUGUAAAACAGCAGCUCAGCACUGGUUGCUAAAUGGCCUAGGUGCUGGUCUUAGUGUGCACAGAGGUCUCCCAGCUUGAAGAUGCAAACAUUGGGGACAUUCCUGAAGAGGACAAGGCUAACCCAAAGGCAGCUGCUGACAAUGAUGUCUGCUGAACACUAGUGCAAAGCUGGGCAGCAGGUAUGGAUGGGAAGAAAUGCAGCGUGUGGAUGUUUUUACCUCUUGUCUUUACCCUGUUUACAUCAGCUGGAUUAUGGAUAGUGUACUUUAUAGCAGUGGAAGAUAACAAAAUUCUCCCACUAAGUGUACCAGAUAGGAAACCUGGUCCCAAAAGACCGCCUUAUAUAAGUAUUGCAGGUGAUGCACCUCCUGCAAGCUGUGUGUUUAGUCAAGUCAUGAACAUGGCAGCAUUUCUAGCGCUUGUUGUGGCUGUCCUGCGCUUCAUUCAGCUGAAGCCAAAGGUGCUCACCCCUUGGCUGAACAUCAGCGGCUUGGUAGCUCUGUGCUUGGCCUCUUUUGGGAUGACCCUACUCGGCAACUUUCAGCUCUCCAAUGAUGAGGAGAUCCACAACGUGGGCACAUCGCUGACCUUUGGCUUUGGGACAUUGGCAUGCUGGAUCCAGUCUGCCCUUACCCUCAAGAUCAACCUGAAGAAUGAGGGGCGGAAAGCUGGGAUUCCACGGGUGGCUCUCUCAGCCAGCAUCACCCUCUGCGUGGUGCUCUAUUUCAUCCUUAUGGCCCAGGGCAUUCACAUGCAUGCUUCCAGGAUCCAGUGGGGCCUAGUGAUGUGCUUCCUGUGCUACUUUGGCACCUUUGCAGUGGAGUUCAGGCAUUACAGAUUUGAGAUCAUUUGUUCUGAGUACCAGGAAAACUUUCUGAGCUUUUCCGAAAGUUUAUCAGAAGCCUCCGAGUACCAGACAGAUCAGGUGUAGCCUGUCCUCUGGCAGGGGGGGAGGGGGGCAGGUGUGGUCUCAUGGGUGAAACAUGACCUCAUUUACACUUUCUUUAUGAGUUUCUUUUCAUGUGCAAUCAUGACGGUAUUGCCAAAGGGCUCUGAGGGUGGCUGUCUCAGGAAGAGCCAAACAAACAGAGGUGUCUGCUGGAAGAGGAGUGGAUCCAUCUCAAUGGCAGCGUGAGAGAGCACAAGCUGCUUAGUUUGUGCCACCAGUGACUCUUUCUGAGUGGCUUUGCCACACUCCUGUUGUUCAAAACAUUCAGCAGCCUGUGCUUGUGACGCCCCUCUGAGGCUGGUCCUGCUCAGCCCACCCUGCAGAGAAGGAGGUGAAGAAAGCAGACUUCUCCUAACAGCAAGAGUCUUCAGGAGUCACCUGUUCCCGAGUCACCAGACUGCAUCUUCCGUGUUUUUCCCGGGUUGUUUUUUUUUGCUGCCAGCCGGGGGAACUUGGUAGAGGGGAGCAGGAGCAGCUGUUUCUUCAGAACCUGGCAUUAGACACAGAAGACCCCAGUGGACUGGCUUUCAUGGCAAGCAGGCAGGCUUUUCUUCCAGCCUGAAAAGCAGCCGACGGUAAAUCUGGGUUUGGAAGGAACUGUGCUGUGGUCAGGAAGCGAGACUUAGCUGAUGCUGCCUUGUAGCCAGGCAGAUCAUCCCCAGGCCACAGGGAGUGACACAGUGGGAUGCUGUGCUUGGCUUCCUGAUGGGCACUGGUGGGAGUGAGGUGCUGAAUUGAGAUGAGAAUGUCUGUGUGCUCUGAAGACGACCCAGAAGAAACUGCUUUUUCCAUAUGUAGUGCUUCCACCACACAUUGUGUAUAGUAUUUCAAAAGCCUUUUUAAUUUUUUUUUAUGUUCACUGAGGGGGAAAACAUUGUGUUAGAGACACCAGGCUCAUCUGCCAUGAGAGCAGUACCAGUGCUUCUGGGCACAGGGUUUGGUUUUGCUUCUUGUGCAAGCCAAACUUCAGACAUGCUGCUUUGGGCUCUCUCUCAAUGUGGCCAGUUGUCCUGAGUGGAGCCUGCCACAGGUUUAAAUGGGCUUCCAAGGUGCCAGGAGGGAGUUCUGGCCCAGAGGCUGGCUGAUCUGCUUGAGGGCUGGAGGUGUGAGAAGGGAACAGCAAAACCAGAAGGGCUUCUCCCUUCCUAAAGGGAGGUUUUCAAACAGAAGGUCUGUUUUCAGAGAAGGAGCUCAAAACCUGAUUUUGGGAAGGCUGCUGUAUUGCCUGGGUAGGGGAGUGAUAGGAGUUGCUUUUCAUGAACAUGGCUCCUAUUUUCCUCCAUAAAUCAGGCUCAGCUUAGUUUUACAUCUUGUCAGAGCUGCAGGAAAACAAGCAGAAAUUAAAAUGGUAGGAAAAGGCACUUGAAGGGGAACUUGUACUGCUCUGUGGCAUUUCUGACAGAGAGGGAAAAGGCAAAAGGGCAUUCAGUCUUUUGCAAAGGUCACAGGCCUCUCCUGAGAAGAGAAACAGUUGAGACAAACUGUGUGUUAAGUAGAAAGCUUUCAGCCAGCCCUUUAUUUUCUGUGCACCAAAACUUGUUCUCUGGCAGCUGCUAUAAAUCCAGAGCGUUUUUGGCCAACAGAGGGUUGUUGUGGAUUGCUGAAGGCUUCCUCCUUGUAGCAGUGUCAUGAGUGGAAAGCUUUCCCAAAAAGACGCGCUGAGAGUGGCCAAGGACACAGCAGUGUGAGGUGCCAGCUCCCUAGGGCUCAUCCAGGGAGCUCCUCCUGGGCAAGGACAGGAGGGGACAGUCUGGAGAACAUGCAGGUGGGGAUCCUCUUGCACUGGCACACACUCAAUCCAUAUGGAGCACACAAUAGCAAUUUGUUGUAAGGGCGUUUUACUGUAAAUAGUCCACUGUGUCUUUUUUCUCCUAAUUAAUUAAUUAAUACUUUCAGUUUUUUUUAUUUUAGCUUUUGUAACUUUAUCAAAGGAAA